AUGCAUCAUUUGUCACCAAAGAUGAAAAGGUCCAUGGCUCAUAGUGUCAUGAUAUUGAUGACAUUAUUAUGUCUUUAUGUAUCUAUGGUUUCUACUGCACCUCUUUGGCUCAGGGACGCCGUCUCACCAGCCAAUGAUCCUUUUUACAUUCCAUCAGCUGGGUUCGAAAAUCAAAAACCUGGGACUAUUCUAAAAUCAAGAACCCUCUCAGGGAAUUCUCUUGCUCUUCUUUCCGGUUUACCUCAAAAUCUCAAAGCUGUUUAUCAAUUCCUUUAUCGUACUACUGAUGGUCUUGGUAAUGCCACUGCUACUGUGACCACACUUAUGGUUCCCAACAAUGCCGAUCCCACCAAGCUAGUUUCUUAUCAAGUCGCUGAAGAUGCUCCUUUCAUUGAUUGUGCACCUUCUUAUGCUCUUCAAAAAGGAACAAGUCUUACUGGUGUUCUUCCCCAAGUUGAAAUUUUAUUAAUGGAUGCUCUUCUCGGUCGCGGUUACUAUGUCAAUACAGCUGAUUAUGAAGGACCCAAGUCUAUGUUUACUGUAGGUGCUAUGGCAGGUCAUGGUGUACUUGAUUCCAUUCGUGCUGUGUUAGCGAGUGGUAAUCAGACUCAAUUACAUUCUGAUGCAACUGUACAAAUGUGGGGUUAUUCUGGUGGUGCUCUUGCUACAGGAUGGGCUGCUCAACUUCAACCUUCUUAUGCUUCUGAACUCAAGAUUGUUGGUGCAGCUAUGGGUGGUACUCCUGUGAAUGUGAAUGCGACAUUGAAUGCUAUUAAUGGAGGUCCUUUUGCUGGUCUUAUUCCUGCUGGUAUUCUUGGUCUAUCCCAUCAAUAUGAUGAUCUGGCCGCUUAUAUUAAUCAAAUUCUUUUACCUGAUAAAAAACAAGAAUUUUUGGAUGCUCAAAACUCGUGCUUGGCACCUUUGAUUCUCAAGUAUGCUUUCAAGAACAUCAAUUCCUUUGUCAGUCGUCCGGAUUUCAUGGCUGAUCCUAUCGCCACCAAGGUAAUCACUGAUAAUAUCAUGGGCAAGGUAGGUGCUCCCAAGAUCCCUUUAUUUAUGUAUCAUGCCAUCCAUGAUGAAGUCGUCCCUAUGCAACCUGCAUUUGAUAUGUACAACUCUUGGUGCUCUUCCAAUAGUGCUACUAGUAUUCAAUUUGUGAAGGAUGAACUAUCAGAGCAUGCUAUUUUGGCCAUCACUGGUGCUGCUAACGCGAUGAAUUUUUUGAUUGAUGGAUUCAAUAACAAGACUGCUCCUUCUGGUUGCUCGACUAGAACUACUGUGACAUCUGCUUUAGAUCCUGGUGCUAUUCCUGUAUUUGGACAAUUGAUUUGGGAUGAUUUGAAGGCUAUUCUUGGACAACCCAUUGGCCCCAACAAUACCUUUUGAAUCAGGUGACAAAACGUGGGAUAAUCCUCUUCUUCAGUGAUUUUGAUGGAUGAUAUUUUUAUUGUUAUCUUUUACAUAUAGUUGUUAUAGUUUUAUAUUAGUAUUAUUAUUAUUUAUCAUUUGUACUAAUCUUUAAUAAAAAAAUUUUUUUCUAUUAUAACA